AUGACAACACAAUCCUCGGUAAACCAAAUCCCCACCAAUGACCCGAAGCCAAAGCCCGCGAAGGCCAACGUCUCGGCCACAAAUGAGCUACCCACAUCCUCGGUGGGCUCUUUCGAUGGCGGCUUGCAAGAGAGCGUUGAGCAGGGUGAGGAGUUGAGGGUUAUGCAAGCUCCGAACCGACAGGCGCCGAAUAGGAAGGGGAUCUGGAGUCGGAGCCAGCAGCCGAGGGAGGUUGCGAUGACGGGGCCGAGGUUUGAGCAGACCAUUUUUGAGGAUCAGCCUCGACCGUACGCCGCUAUUGAACUGAUACACAAGCAACCUGUCCGCUGGACAAAGGAGCGCGUCGUAUCGUGUGAUGGCGGAGGCGGACCAUUAGGACACCCGAGGGUUUUUAUCAAUGUGGACAAGCCGAAGAUCUGUUGGUGCACAUAUUGCGGGCUUCCCUUCGCCCAUGAACAUCAUCGGAAGCACCUCGAAUCCUUACCGUCGACACCGUACCCUCUCGGUCCAACUGGUGACCCAGCUGAAGUUCCCGAGUCACAGAGAAUCACAGACGAGCCGCUUGGGCAGCGAUAG